AUGACUAAUGUCAUCCGCGCGACCACUCUAAGUAUUGGUGUGUGCGUGCAAAAGGAAAGCUCGGGGCAGCAGCAUCAGUGGAGCAGCUGGAGCGCAGACGUGCUGCGGCGGGCGGCGCUCAGCGAGCGCGCGCCCGACGUGCAGGCGGCGGCCGCGCGCCUGCUGCAGCACCUGCAGCGCGAGCAGCAGCGCGCCCAGCAGCAGCAGCACCCGCAGCAGCAGCAGCAACAGCACCCGCAGCACGGCGUGCCGUGCGCGCGCCUGCUGGCCGCGGCGCAGGACGCGCACGACGUGCCGCGCCUGUUCCUCGCCACGCUAUUCCUGGCCAACGCCGGUAAUGUGGAGGUGGUGCAGGGACCUCCGUUGACUUUAAACUCGUUUUCUGUGCGUGUGCUGUCCACCGACGAGCGCCUGUACCGUGCGCUCGCAGACGCAGACGAAAACUUCCUGCGAUGA